CCGUAAGCUAUUUCAUGUCGAAGGUCCAUCUUUUCCAUACGGUCCGACCGUAGGGUUUUGGGGGCCCUAAACAAAAAGAGUGUAUGGGGCCAAACAAAUGUCUGGAUUGUUUAUUGGGUCGGGCCAGCCCUGCGGGCUUUUAGGCGCUGUCCGGGACACCAACUGGCCAGUUAUAGUAGCCUACGGGAGAGGGUUGUGUCAUUCAUCAUCGGCACCACACGACCAUCUGAACUGGAUCAAGAUGCGGUGUCGAGGGGACAGCGAACAGUUUAAAUACAUGUUUAUCUGCCAAUGAAUGAGAUUCGCUAGUCAAGUCUUCGACACACCUUUAUAACAGAAAUGGCUGGGAUAAUCAAAAAGCAAAUAUUGAAACAUUUGUCAAGGUUCACAAAGAACCUGUCCCCUGACAAGAUCAACCUGAGCACCCUGAAGGGGGAGGGCCAGCUGUCCAACCUGGAGCUGGACGAGGAGGUUCUCCAGAACAUGCUAGACCUGCCUACCUGGCUGGCUGUCACCCGGGUCUACUGCAACAAAGCUGCAAUCAGGAUACAAUGGACAAAGUUGAAGACCAGCCCGAUCUGCCUGUUCCUCGAUAAGGUGGAGGUAGAGAUGAGGACUUGUGAAGAGCCACGGCCACCAAAUGGCCCCUCCCCCAUAGCUAUCACCGCAGGCCAGAGUGAGUAUGGUUUUGCUGAGAAGGUGGUGGAGGGAAUGUCGGUCAUCAUCAACUCCAUCACUAUCAAGGUGCAGGCCCGUGCCUUCCAUGCAUCCUUCGAACUGUGGCAGCUACAGGGAAACAGCCUCAACCCUGAAUGGCAGCGUAGUGACCUGCGCUACACCCGCGUCACUGACCCCAAGAGAGGAGAGGUGCUGACGUUCAAGGAGAUCAACUGGCAGAGUCUGCGCAUCGAGGCUGAUGCCAUAGAGAGUGAGGACCAGGACUUGAGCAGUACCCCGUUACGCCUCAUUACCAACCAGGGGCGCAUCCGCAUCGCCCUCAAACGCAGGGUGAAAGACUGCAACGUGCUGGCGUCCAAACUGCUGUUCAUCCUGGACGACCUUCUGUGGGUGCUGACAGACUCCCAGCUCAAGGCUGUCAUCCACUAUGCCAAGUCCCUGAGUGAGGCCAUGGAGAAGUCUGCCCAGCAGAGGAAGAGCAUGGCUGCUGAGUCCUUACAGACUGCCCCCCCCUCCCCUGGCAUCCACACCUUGUGGACUGAUCCCCCCGCCCCGCCCCCUCCCAGCGGUGCCCCCUCCAACCUGGGCCAGUACUUUGACCUGUACGAUGUUAAAGAGUCCUCCUACCACACCUUCAUAUCCCGACUGGACCUGCACAUAUGCAACGACAGCUCCUCCAUGGACUCAGAAGAGCUCCCGCCUCCUGGUUCCCAGGGUGCUAUGCAACUGACCUUCAGGAAGCUUGGCUUUGACUACUAUCCAAUUCACAGGCCUGGUGACGGCUGCCGCCACUGGGAGCGCCACUGUGGGGCUAUGGAGGCUCGAGCGCAGUGGGCAGGUCAACUGCUGCAGGACUUCCAGAGGAGGGUGGAGGCCUCAGGCAUCCCCGGGCCACACUGCCAGAACUCCAACACAGCUAAGGACUCUCCAGCCCGGAGGGCCCAGAACGGACAGCCCACUCCCAAGACAAGCCCCCCAGGCAGAGAGCAACCAUCCAGGACCCCGCUGAAGAGGCUGCGCUCCAGCUGUGUGGUGGUCAGAGUGGACGACCUGGACAUUCACCAGGUGUCGACAGGGGGCCGCCACAGUAAGAAGACCCAGUCCUUACUGUCAUGUAACCGCAAGUCUCUGCAUCUGGCUGACAACGUCCCGGCCAUCCACCUGCAGUUCACCGAGUACUACUUCUCUGACAGCCCUGGCUCACCUGUGCCAGACUCCAACCUGUAUGCACAGCUGAAUGGCCUGCAGCUGUGUGUCGACCCAGCCAGUGUGUUGUGGGUCAACCUGUUCACCAGAGGUCUGCUGCGGACUCUGGAGCAAGUCAAAGCAUUCUACCACCUCCAGGACAGCAGCAAGGCUGAGGAGCAUAUGGACAUUCGUAUGGAUGCAAUCCAGCUGAAGCUGAUCAUUCCUCUGGAGUCUUCCAUCCUAGACCACCCUGAGCGGCCCCAGUCUCUCAGCAUCAUCGUCCCUCAGACGGUCCUCAGUAACACUCGCCACUGCCCCCACGGCAUGAGAGCCGACCUUAACGGCACUUACGGCUGCUUCGCCACACGCCCCUUCUUCCAGGCCUCUCCCCCCUGCCCCUUCCCCAGAGACCAGAGUGCCUUCCACCCACUGCCCUCCACUUUCCUCCAGCACUCCCUGGAGGGGGAGCCCCUGGCCCAGUCUGGGUGCAGGCCCCCCCGUACCCAGGAUGUCUGGUCCCUCAGCCUGUCCCGGCUCUCCUUAAACUUUGACGGGGGAAAGAGAGGCCCCAAGGGGAGAUCCCAGCCCUUUGUAGAGCCUUUCGCCAUAUCUGUGUGGAUGUGUCGCCCGGCAGCAUUCAAGCGUGGCUGUCUGUCCUCGCCAGCUGGACAUGACUCUAUCCAGUCCGCCACCAGUAACCCCAGCAGUCUCCACCACACACCUCCAGAGCAGAGCCAGCCACCCUCCAACCCGGGCCAGCACCAGGACCCCAGGUCUGACAGUCAGGUGGAGGCCCCACAACCACAGGCCUCCAUCCACCUCCUGGUCCACACAAUCACUCCAGUCAAGGUGUGGCUCAACCACUACCAGUACGUGUCUCUUCUGAGGAUGAAGGACACUCUGGCCCGACUGGGAGGCGAGCUGGGCCGGGACACCCGGGACGCCAAGCAGGCUCGGGGCCAGGAGCCAGACCCCCCUACGGUGUGUUUGGCUCUGCUCAUGGACUCAGUGGAGCUAGGAUUGCUGCUCCCGCCAGCCACCACGGAGCCUCAGGAGGAGGCCCGCACCCCAGAGACAGACAGCCCCAGCCUGACGGACUCCGACCUGUCCCUCACCCGUCAGGCCACGGAGCCAGGCCUGGGGCCCCUGGAGGACAGCGGCAUAGAGAAUGGCACGGCUCCACUUACCUCCUCUGCUCCUGCUGAACUGAACCAGGAGGUGGAUGGAGGGGUGGAGGAAGCUUGCGAGGCUGUAGAAGAAGGGGUGGAGGACCCAGACCUGGUUCUCUCCCCUCCUCUCUCUCCUGGACAGCUGCCAGUGCUCUCCAGAGAUCCCUCCACCUUUAGCCUGGAGGGGGAGCUCUCCAGCGCCCUAAAUGCCACCAAGGAUGUCACCAAAGACGCCUUCAGUGCCUCAGUGGACCUGACCAAAGGGGCUUUCUCGAUUACGAAAGACGCCUUCAGCAUCCUGAGUCGAAGCUCCGGGAUGAGCAAGCUAUUCACUCCCCAGAGGGAGCAGCGUCAGGAGGAGUCCCCCUCCCUGACAGCCAGCCUGCGUCUCCAGUCGAUGAAGCAGUCCCCUUCCCAGCGCUCCUUUGACAGCGCCAUCCUGGACGGUAGCCAGCCUGAUGACCACUUCUCAGUCGACAGCGACACCAGCGACAACUUUGUCAUCCUCCUGGACUCCGAGUCGGGGGUGGAGUCAAUGCGUCCCAACAGCUCCUCAGUGCUGGGAGCCAGCCGAGGCAGCCCCGCCCCUGGGACGGAGGGAGGCUCAUCAGCUGACCUGAGCAGCUCGCUGUCCCAGAGCACCGAGGACAUAGCCCACAAUGAGCAGGCCUCUGUGCUGCUGCUGCUCCUCAGUGGGAUGUCCUGUGUGGUGGAGGUGAGGGGAGAGAACCAGGUGGUGGCGCUAGAGGCGCAGGAUUUCACCCCCACACAGAUGGGCAACAUCCAAGUGUCUGACUUACUGGCUGGUCUCAUACCAGCCACAGGUGGGCCUCCUAAGAACCAGAAACAGGGCCAGGGCCCGGGACAGAGGGGCAGCCGGGGAGCUCCGGUGAUGUGUAUGCGGGCAGAGAUGGGUCCAUGUGCUGGCCGUCACUCUGUUCUUUCGGAGUCUGUGGGGUUCCUGGAGCUGGGGCUGCAGGGCUUCCACGCUGAGCUGCUGGCCUCCACCCUGGCCACCCUGGGACCCUUCCUGGAGGAUGAGCUCAGCGCUGACAUCCAGCCCAUGAGGAUCAACCUGAACAACAUCACCGUCACCCUGAAGGACGACAUCCCUAAGAUCUUCUCCACUGCCCCCCAGCCUGUCCCGGCCACCUUCACCCUGGAACAGCUACUGCUGGAGCGCACAGACGAAGGCCUCUUCAGGGUCAAAGGCGGAGAAAGCAGGGGCUCUCCAGCUUGUGCAGAGAAGCCAGACAAGUCCUGCUCCCUCCUACUACAGAGCACGAGUUCUUGUUUGGAGUCCCAGCUCUCUGAGACGCAGUGUGCUCUCUCCCAAGCCUUGAGUGACAGAGAGCGCCUCCUUCUGGAGGUCAGAAAGUAUGACCCUGCAUUCGACCUCUGAGCCUGUCCCUGGCCUGGUCAGUGACAGGCAAAAGUCUGCAUCAGGAACUCAGAUGUUCAACAAAAAUUGAGAAAACGGAAGAAGAAAAGGAACCUAGUUUUCCAAACCUCACACCACUCUGACUACAUUUUGCACUGACGGUCACUUCCAAGGAACCAAGAUGUUCCUAUAGUCAGGCAAAAAAAUCACCAGUUUAAACAGUAGUAAUUUGCAGGAACUGCUGUCUCAUGUUCUCUCACUACACCGUUUAUGGCUGGAUCUCAUUCACAGCACUAAAGAGUAGCAGCUAGGCUCCCCCCUGUGGGCACAGUAUCCAUUCAUUAAACAACAAUGAUUGCCUUUAGAUUUUUGCAAUCAUCUGUGUUUGAUAACCAUGUAAAGAACAUGCCAAAAGAAGUCUGACACAUGCACUAUUGUUACACUGCCAGAGAGCUGUCUGGCACCUCAUGUUUUCAGCUGAAGAGUCCAUGUUGUACUACCCAUCCACUGUCAGGCAUGCUGUGUGUGUAUGCGGAAACCACUCAUGUUAUCGGAAUGUUGGUGUGCAAGUUUACAGGCUCUCACAUUCCUUAUAGCUAAAACACACCAUCUGUAACAUGGACUAGAUCCUGUCUGAAGGUCUAUAUUCUGUAGGUGUAUGAGUAGUUAGAGGCUGCUAUUUUAGAUCAUGUAUAGUGAAAAGAAGAGUAGGGAAUAUUAAGCACUUUGACUUCAGUAAGCAGAACUGAACUGCACCCACAGCCCACCUGGUACAUCUCACAAUCCUGCCAUCCUCCUUGUUUUACCAGAGGAGUGACCUCUCUUGAACCUAAACUGUUCUCUGACAACGGGUCAAAUGAUUCCCAGUAUUAUUUUUAGUUGUGUUUAUGAGAAAUGUUGAUUAAUCAUUGUGACUGUAAAAGAAGUGUUUGCAUUUUGGAUUGAAUGUCUACUCGAUACAUGCCUUCUGAUCAGUCCUCUGAUGGGAAGGAAAUGCUACCUGAUCAUUGUGGGAACUUAAUUGAAGUUGGAGCUGCCUCUGGUUUAGCCAUUUUGCAGUGUCCUUUUAAAAAUAAAGGUCACUGCUGGUUGUAUUAGAGAAGAACUGCUAUAGACAGUAGAUCAAAUUCAGUUGUUGUGGGUGUUAACAUGAAAGCUUAUGUUGCUAAUGCAUCAGUGCCAAUUUGUUAUGUUUCGCUUGUACAACAGUGUGGAACUAGACUAUGCCUAUUUUCAAUUUAUUUUCCAGUAUUCUGUAUUGAAUGUCCAUGGAUGUAGACAGUAGUUAACAUUUUGUUAACAUUUUGAUCCUAAGAGAGGCUUUCAUGUGGGUGUUCUAAAACCAAAGCUUUGUUUAUUAUUACUUCCAAGAUUUUUCUGUUGUCAUAACAGAUUAGUGCAUGGCAUUCUGAUAUCCUGAAGAGACAUUGGUGUGAGACUUUGAUAAUGUGUUAAGUAAAGGGUUUGUAGCAUAGAGGCUAAGGAACACAUGUCUCUCAGUUGGGAUGGUAAGAUAUCAGGUGAAUUUACAGCCUAAGCUUGUAGCGUUGCUACAAUGUCUCAUGAUGUGGACUUGUGAGACCUCUGCUGGCCACAAUAUGCCACUGCAUCUUGCCUCAGCCGAGGGUUUCAUUUUGAGUUGCCUUCCAAGAUAUCAAUGACUGUGUUGCAUUCUGAAAAGGGAAUGUGAACAUAUAAAGCAAUAGAAAAAACUCUGUCCUACCCAAACACGAACCAUCAUGCCAUAGUUUAUUAAUCCAGGCAAUUUUAGGGUUCCCAAAAUGUAUUGUACGGUAUAAAUGUCAAGGUAUUUGAAAGGUUUCUUUGUCAUUUCCUGCAUGUGUGUACUUGAGCUCAAGGUCAAAUUUUAACAAAGCAUAUCAUCAACUAUAUCACCUCAUUUAUUAUAUGCUGCUCUUUUAUUUGUUGCUGAUAUUUGUGGUUUGCAUGGCCUUGCUGUCAGUUUGUGAUCUAAGGAGACAAUUGGUUGUCUCAGUGUGAAAGCAGUGUAACCGUGACUAAGCUUUGUUGAAAUGCCCCUUCUUCUGUCCCGUCAGUCCACAGCAGGGUUUCUCCACUCCCUGCAUAGGACCCUCUUAUCUCCCCAUCUGCAUGGCCCAUCUGUGUUGCCAUAACAACACAGGCCUGAGCAACUGUGCCAUCCAAGAUGGCAGGAUACUGGAUGUCCUUUCCUGCAUGGGCUGUGUUUUCUCUAGUCACCAGUCACCUCAAUUACUAUCAUAGCAUCAUUCUCUUUAUUACAAUAGGAGCCCAAAUGCAUUGAAAUAAUUUGUUUGUGAAUUAUUUGCACUUUGAUGUGGGUGGUAUGUUCACUGUAAAUUGCACUUGCUGUAGAGUAAACCACUCAGAGGGUUUUUGGUGUAGUCCUCCUGAAUAGACAACUUUCUGGAUAAUGCAAAUAAGGGAGAAUAACUUCUAACGGUAUUCAUUUGCUCAACACUUCCUUUUAAAUCAUUAUAUAGAUUAUGUAUGGUCACCACAUUAUGGAAUUUAACUAAAUAAAACUGGUUCUGUGAACCAAAUUAAUAUGUGGGAAAAAAAUAUUUUAAAUUGUGACAAUAAAAGAUUAUAAACUCUUCAGUGUUUUACAUUUUCUUUAGUAGUAGUAGAUUAAUUCACUACACUUACAUAAAGAACAUGACAGACAUUUUAUAA